AUGGGCAAUUCAGCGUGCUGCACUGGCGCAGAGGCAAGUGCAGAGUAUGAGCAGAAAGAGCUCACUCGCAAGGAAGCGGCUCCGGGUGUGGGCAACUUGCCAGGCCCUGAGAUCAGUGCCCCGGUGGCUGCACAGGUGAACCCCGGAGAGUACAAGGUGAUCCUGGACAAAUCCACUGGUGCUCGCUUGGGCAUCGAUGUGGACCACAAGGAUGGUGAGACUUUGCUCAUUGAGGUCAUCAACGAAGGUUUGGUGCAGGACUGGAACCUGGCCAACAAGGAGAAGGUCCAUGUGGGUGAUCGCAUCAUCGAAGUGAACGGUAUCGCCAAGGAUGUCUUGCAGCUGGUGGACGAGUGCAAAAAGAACCAGGUCUUGACCUUGAAGCUCCGCCGGGCAUGA